AUGACGGGUCGGAUAGUAUGGGUUGUUCGACACGCGGAAAGAGAAGAUAAUGUCAACGAAAACUGGGAGACAUUAGCGGCGGCACGAGGUCUGAAGUCUGAUAACACGAUGCUUAGCGAACGUGGACGUCAACAGGCUAAAGAGUGUUCCAAAAGGUUCCAAAACAUUAAGCUUUCUAAUGUAUUUGCGUCUCCAUAUGACAGAACCAUUGAAACAGCUUGCAUUAUUGUAAAAGACCAAGGCUUGCAAGUUAAACCAGAACCAGGACUUUGCGAGUCACUCCAUCAUUGCGAAGAUCCUCCUUCUUUUUGGGAGUCCGAUAAACUAAGACUCAAAUAUCCACUUGUGGACAGCGACUAUGCACCGAUUUAUCCAAGACGACAUUUGCCCAAAGCCGAGUUCGGAGAUCAAGCUUGCACACCAAGAAUUCGUUACACCAUCACUCAACUUACUGAAAAGUACACAGGUGAUUUGCUCUUUGUAAGCCAUGGUCCACCGAUUGCAUGUAUACAUGAGGUAUGGCAUAAUCGGUAUUUCUACGUUGGUCAGGCAACCAUUAGCAAGUUCGUCGAAAUCGAAAAAAGAAAAUUUCGUCUCGAUUUCUCUGGUGACUGCAGGCAUUUAUCGGACAGAACAAAUCUUAGACCAUAUUAA